CUUACUCACCACUUUCCCUUUGCUUCUGUGAUAUCAUUCUGCUGUGUGCAACUCAUUUAGACUCUCUCUCCCUUAAAAUUCUUCUUCUUCUAGGUUCUUCCUUUGAUAUCUCUCAGGUUUUUCUACCUUUUGAAAAGAGAAUAAAAUGGGUGUUCUGGAUCAUGUCUCUGAAAUGUUUGAUUGCUCUCAUGGUCACAAAAUUAAAAAGCGCAGACAGUUGCAGACGGUGGAGAUCAAAGUGAAGAUGGACUGCGAAGGCUGCGAGCGUAAAGUGCGGCGGUCCGUGGAAGGAAUGAAGGGAGUCUCGUCUGUGACGCUCGAGCCCAAAGCCCACAAAGUCACUGUGGUCGGCUACGUCGAUCCCAACAAGGUUGUUGCCCGUAUGGCUCACAGAACCGGCAAGAAGGUCGAGCUCUGGCCCUAUGUGCCUUACGACGUUGUGGCUCAUCCUUACGCUGCUGGAGUCUACGACAAGAAGGCACCCUCCGGUUAUGUGCGAAGAGCCGAUGACCCUGGAGUCUCGCAGCUGGCUCGUGCUAGCUCCACCGAGGUCCGCUACACUACUGCUUUUAGCGAUGAGAAUCCAGCGGCUUGUGUGCUCAUGUGAUUUGAUUUAUGGACCGUUUCUGUUUGUUAUUGAUUAUUGGUAUUGUUGUGUUUGUAUAUCAAUGUACCAUAUGGUAGGUUUUUUGGUCUGGUUUGCUACUCAAACACACUUAUUAUGAUUGUAAUAUUUCUCCUUCGUUUUUUAUUUGCUCCAAUCAUUGAUUCUUUUCAGCAAAAAAAGAAAUGUGUUUAAGUUUUUUGCAUAUCAACUUGUCAGCAAAAAUGUUAAAAAUAGAUAAUACAAAAGCGGAACAACUGGAUAGCG